GAGUGUGGCACUGGGGGUGCAGGGCUCUGUCCCCAGAUGCUAGUUCCUGCUCUGUCCUUGUUCUUCUCUGGGUGAGACCAACCCCUGGUCUGGAGAGCCAGAGCAACCCUCCCAUCCCCAACUCCAGCCCAGCAUGGGGCUGGGAGCUGGGGCAGCAGCUCUGCAACAGGGACUCUGCCCCCUCUGUGCCCCAUGGCAUCUGAAGUAGCACCAAAUGAUUCAGAGGGGCUGCUGCCAGCACUCCAGGGGAAGACUGGGGCAGUGUCUGAGCUGGGAGUCUUACCAUUAGUUAAACCACUGCAGCUCUGUGAGUAGACCAGGCCUCAUUUCGCUUGUGCAUAUUACAAAGUUUAAUCAUGACCUAACCUUAUGUUCUUAUGAUGGGUGGUUGUUCCCAAGCUGUGCGCGCGAUGGUGCAAUCUUCAUUAUGGUACAUGAUCACGUGCUAUUUAUUCCACACGACCCCUUGCCUCAUCCAGCACACAAAGAGGGUGAAGUUCAGGCUGUUCGUACAAUUCAGCAUUUCCUAGCUCUGAGUACUCAACUUUGGAACCUAAAUAACGUUCUUUUCAUGUGUUUUUUGCUGCCUGGAGAGCCGGACGUUCCUACAGGGCCUACGAGUGAGCGACAGGGUUUGUUCCUGAGCUGGAAUUGCAGUCGUUCCAAGGACAGACAAUGGCUGCUGAGCUGGGUGCAAGUGUAGUUUUGGGUUUCCAGCUCCAGGCGCCACUACAGCAGGGAAUGCAGCCCCCAGUGAAAAUGGAGGAGCAGAACCCAGUCAGCCCCAAGCCAGGGGAGGGAGCAGAAGGGGCAGAAAAAGCCCUUUGUGACAUCCAGGCUAGUACCAUUGGGGGGCUACUGAGAUGGGCAGCACCACGAUGGGUCAAGCAGGAGCCACAGGAAGAGCCAGUCACCCUCCGUGGGGGUGACACCCACAUAGAGACGCGGCGUCGGCGCUUCAGGCAGUUCCACUACCAGGAGGCCAAGGGGCCCCAGGAGGCUUACAGCCACCUCCAGGAACUCUGCCAUGGCUGGCUGGAGCCGCAGAGCCGCACAAAGGAGCAGAUCCUGGAGCUACUGAUCCUGGAGCAGUUCCUGACCAUCCUGCCGGAGGAAAUGCAGAGCUGGGUCUGGGAACGUGGCCCUGAAACUUGUGCCCAGGCAGUGGCCCUGGCAGAGGGGUUCCAGCUGAGGCAGCCAGAGUUUGAGGGGCGAGGGCUACAGGUCAUGGUGCGUGUAAAGGUUGAGGAAGUGGCCUCAGAAGAAAAGGCGUCCCCUGGAGCACUAUGGGAAUCUGCUGGCUCCAGACUAGAGCAGCCAGAGCCCCAUCCUGGGUGUGCAUCCCAGGACGCGGGAUGGAAUGAAGCUUCAGGAUCCCUGUACAAGCUGCUUCAUGUCCCCAAAGAGGAGCACCAGCUCCUCCAGGAAAUAGCUGAUGGCAAGGCCAGUAGUGACAACAAAGGGGAAACAUGUCACCCAGGAGAGCAACCAAAGCACAACGCAAAGAAUAGGCAGCAUCGCCCUGGGGAACACAACCCGGCAGAACAAGCUCAUAAGUGCACCAAGAGUGGGAAGGGCAUCAGUGUCGGCUCUGCCCUUAUUACACCCCAAAGAGUCCACGCGAGCAAGAAACGCUGGACCUGUGAUGAGUGUGGGAAAAGACUUGGCGACAGCUCGGCUCUCACAAAACACCGAAGGAUGCACGCCGGCCAGAAACCGUUUGUCUGCACCGCCUGUGGUAGGAGCUUUAGCCAGAGCUCGGUCCUCAUGACGCACCAGAGAACUCACACCGGGGAGAGACCUUACAUCUGCACCGAGUGUGGGCGACGCUUCAGCGACAGCUCCAACCUCACUCGGCACCAGAGAACCCACGUGGGCCAGAGACCCUAUAUCUGCACCGGCUGCGGGAGACGCUUCAGCCAGAGCUCACAUCUCACGAGACAUCAGAGGACCCACACCUCUCAGAACCAUGGGCACAGCUGCACAGCAGGUCCUGAGCAGCUGCUUCUCCAGAGCAGCCCCUUGGCAGGGGGUCUUGUGGCCUAGCAUGUGUCAGAUAUCUGGGCCUCUGCCUUGGUCACACAGAUAGAGAAUGGGAAAGGGUUGGGGGGAAGUGUAGGGAGCACUUUCCUGAGGUGACUGAAUGCUGCGAGGAGGGAUUGUGAUGGGUGAUCACAGUGAAAAGCAGAUAUGGUCUUAUGUACUGAGGUUGGGGCGGGGGUGAGCUGGGAAUCAGAACUCCUGGGUUCUGUUCCUAGCUCCAGGAGAAGUGUGACAUCUAGAGUUGGAGCAGGACUGUCAGUUGGGAGAUCCUGAGGUCUGUUAUUGAGGCUACAGAUAUGUUUUCUCCCCCAUGCCCACACCCUCUAUUUGUAAAAGGCUUUUGGCUCCCUGGGUGGAAACACUGUUAAGUAGUGAAAAGUAAACAGGGGCUUAAGGACAGGGAUGCAUUUGCAGCCAAUAGGUGGCUGGAUACAGAGGUGAUGACUCAAGAUGGGAGGAGAAGUGCCUGAGAUCAACAGACAAUCAAAGUCCAUUUCUAAUUGAGCACCCCAUGGGUUUGAGGACCCAGCAGGGCAGAAGGGUUCAACACCCCACAGCAAUCUCCAUCUCAUCCGCAGGUGCUGAGCAGCUAGAUCUAAAGAAACAUCCCUGGGCUGCAAAUAUAGACUCCCAGGCCCUGAACUCCUUUGUGUCUUGCACUUGGUCCUGCAGGCUCCUUUCUGCUUGUUUGGGCUUUAGGGGUAGCAGUAUCAUGUGUUUUCCUUUUGCCUGGCUGCUGGGAACCUGCCUUGGAACCCUGAUCCCUACAACACAGUGCCUCCAAUGCCACGCUGGGGAAUGAGAUCAGCACUGCCUGCAUGGGGGAGAACCCAGAAGCAGAAACACAUCCUGAUGUUGUACCUCCUGGUGGCUAUUUGCUUUCUCAUGUGGAUCGUUCUCCUCUCGCUCACAAUCAAGAAUGACCAGAAGAUGACUGAGGAAUUAAAGACGAUAAAUGCUGCCAUUUCCCAGCGGAUAGACCAAGACCAGAAGAUGACUGAGGAAUUAAAGACGAUAAAUGCCCUUUCCCACAGGAUAAACCAAGUGUCCUCCACCCUGGCCAAAGCCAAGCUACUCUCCCAGGAUGUCUCGGCAUGUGGGGCACUUGUCUCCUGCCCAGCAGGGUACAAGCCCACGGGCUGCACCUGCGGAAUGUGCUGCAGCUCCUGGGACAUUCGCACCAACUCCACCUGCCACUGCCAGUGCGGCGGCAUCGACUGGACGGCCACAUGCUGCUGCAAGAUAGGGCUGGAGUGAUGCCAAAACACAGCCUGGGGCACCGGAGAGCCCCACCUGGCCUGCUGCCCCUGCCACCUCCUCGCCAUGGGCCCUGGCACAGAACCAUGCUGUGCCCUUUGUGCCCAGUGCAAUGAAUAAACUUGGAUCUGGGUCUGUUAAAAAAAAACAAAAAAACCCUGAAUUCCCUGCAAACAACGCCCAAAUCAGGGUUCAUUCUAUUCCAGACACUCCCUCUGCAGGUGUUUGUGCUUCGGCUGCUGGGAGGGAGCAGCCAGAGCAGUGAAAAUGCAAAUGCUGCUUUAGCUGCGGUAAGAGCAUCCUUGUCUCUUCUAAAGCUUCUUCCCCAGCUCCCAGCCUGGAGCUCCCCACAGCUUUACAUUGCAUCUACCCCAUUUCUAUCCUCAUUUGGGACUCUGCUACCCUGCAGCUCCCAGGCCAUAUCUACAUUACAGUAGCACAGUAACAUAGUAGACAUUUCCUACAUCGACAAAAUGGUUUUUUUUCCAUCAAUGUUUUUCCACCUCUCCGAGUGGCAGUAGCUAGUGUGAUGGAAGAAUUGAUCUAACCCUGGAGGUUAGAUUAACCUAACUACGUCACACAAGGCACAGGUUUUUUUCCACGGCCUUUAAUGAUGUUUCUAGGUCAAUCACAUUUUUUUUAGGUAGCUCAGAUCUUAGUCACGAGAACCCAUUACAGCUUGGCUUUGUCCUGAUAACUGCUAAAUGCUGCACUGUAGCCUAGUCCUAACCGUAUCCAUGUAACAGGGUUACAAUCUUGACCCAGCCAAGGUCACAAGGACAUGGCUCUGCUCUGCACUAGAACAUUGACCCAUGCUGUAACCAGGUUCUUAUGAAAGUGUUGAUGGGUUUGGGAUAUGUGCAUAGUGAGGGGAAAAUGCUGAGAUUGCUAGCUGUGCUGCCUUGGGAAAAUGAGACUCUGAAGCUCUGAUAGCAAAGGGCCAAUGUGUCUUACUCUCCACACAGGGCCAGAGCAAAGAUCCUGAUGUGCUGCAGCCCAAGGUCCCCAUAGGUAAGCUGCACUGGCCAACAACAAAUCAUGUGGGGGAAAGAAACAAAAAGCCAAGGCAGAGCCAGGGACACAGCAACUGGCUAUGGGAUAGAGGCAGCUGGAGCCAAUGAGCCUGGGGCCAACAAGGGUCAUAAGAAUGGCCAAACUCGGUCAGACCAGAGGUUCAUCUCCCCCAGUAUCUUGUCUUCCAACAGUGGCUAACGCCAGGUGCUUCAGAGGGAAUGAACAGACAGAUAAUCAUCAAGUGAUAAUUUCCUGUAGCCCUUUCCCAGCUUCUGGCAAACAGGCUACAGACACCAUCCCUGCCCAAUAGCCAUUGAUGGACCUGUCCUUCAUGAAUUUAUAAAGUUAUUUUUCGAACCUUGUUAUGGUCUCGGCUUUCACAACACGCUCUGGCAAAGAAUUUCACAAGUUGACUGUGCGCUGUGUGAAGAAAUACUGACUUUUUGUUUGUUUGAAACCUGCUGCCUAUGAAUUUAAUUUGGUGAUCCCUAGUUGUUGUGUUAUAAGAAGGAGUAAAUAACACAUUCUUAUUUACUUUCUCCACACCAGUCAUGAUUUUAUAGACUUCUAUCAUACCCCCCCCCUUAGUCAUCUCUUUUCUAGGGUGAAAAGUCCCAGUCUUAUUAACUUCUCCUCCUAUGAAAGCGGUUUCAUUCCCCUAAAUGUUAUGCUGAUCUUUUCUGUACUUCUUCCAAUUCCAAUAUAUCUUUUGGAGAUGGGGCUACCAGAGAGAGAGAGACAUCAUGAAGAAUCGCCUAGCUACCACCUGAGCUGGAACAAGAGCUGUACCAGGGGAAAGAAUUGUGCCCAGGC